AGAGACACAAAUCACAAUGUCUUCUGGAAAUCGGCAGGCUCCAAUGCCCCCACCAAAACCUCGAAAUUUGGGGCGUGGCCAGUUUUAUCAACAAGGAGGGUAUCUCACCCCACAAGACAGCGACACGGACAGUGGCAUAAGUGCAGAUUGUGAUCAAGGUUCACCGAGAGCAGCUGCAGGGUUUGGUGGAACAGGGUUUAACGGUACUGUCAACGGACAGCAAGUGAACUCCCAGAGGAGGAUACCAGAUCUCCCCCCUGGAGCAUAUCAGAACUACCGUAGUCACUCAUCGGCCGACUACCUCACGCCAAACUCGGCGCGCAAGAUUGCCAGCUACAGCACCACACCCCGACGGCUACCACUGCAACCCCAACAGCAAGCACCUGCAACGGCCACGAAGGCCAAAUACCGAGUCAGAUUCGCCGAUGAGGUGGACAGCGGCGCGUCGACGUCAAGCGGAACCUCCUCCACACACAUUUCGCCGAGAAACGAUCCACAGGAGAUGCUGAUGAAUUCAGCUGUUGGAGCUCCACAAAUUACAUCCACAUUCCAACAGCCAGCAAGUUAUAUGCAAAAUUCGAGUGAUGCACAGUACAAAAUGAACAAAAUUGAGUACCCUCCAGUGAGCCGGACACCUCCAGUUGCUUGCUCGUCACGGACGGGGACACUACAAAGAACUCCCAAUCGCCGUCUACCGAUCAGCUCUACACCUCAACCCCAGCCUACAUACGCAGAUCAGAUGCAAAGCUUGCCGGAACCUCCGCCAUACACAAUUGCCAUGCAGAGAUUAAGAUCCGUUGAGCAACAACCUCAAGAAUCGUUCCGGGACGCGUUCAUCCGGAAGAGUGUAAAUGACACACUCCAACGCCGGUACCGACAACGGAGUUCCUCUUUGCCACGUGGAAACAAGUCGUAUUACGAGGGAAUUGAUAUCUAUGAUGCACAGCCGCCAAUUCGACCGUUGCCACAACAGCAGACGUCGUUGAUGACAGUAGCAAAUCAGCUUCCCGGAAGUUUGGAUAAUUUGCACAUUAAUAACCUGAAUAUGAGAAGAAGAAAAUUGCCGACGGCGCCUUUAAUGGGAUCAUCUUGCCAAUUACAUUUGGACAAUUCAGAUGAGCUAACCGCAUAUCGAGCCCUCCAGUUCCAGAUGAUGCAAGACGAGUUGCAAAGACAGCAACCCCCACCACAAUCAUUCGAGCGACCGACCCUUUUGCGGCGGACUAACAUGCCUCAACAACAGAGUUUCAACAUACCACAUAUCACUACAACCGGACCACCGCCACCAGCGAUGGGGCUAUCUGUGCCAGUGCAGUAUGAUCAAGGAGAAUAUGGAACACAAAGCGUGAGAGCUCAGCUUGUUGCACUUGAUCAGAGAGGCUUCCGAAGAGUGCUUGUCGAGAAGAUGAUGCCCGGACCAUUCGGAUUUUAUAUUGCGACCGGCGUUGUAGCUGGACAACGAGCUGGAAUCUUCAUCUCCCGAGUCUCCCUCCCAUCCUUAUCACCGAUGCUAACCGUUGGAGACGAAAUCAUCUAUGUCGAUGAAGAAUAUGUGAAAGGCCGAAGUUUGGAAUAUGUUCAGUCGGUAAUUGCUGGGAAGACAAGUGUUACGAUUACUUUAUUGCCCGCUGUUGGACAACCAGCAAUUUGCUGAUAUUAAAAUUAUUUAUUUUCAGUUAAGAAUUUUCGAAUUUCAAACUGAACUCAUUACGGAAGAACCCCCCCACAAACAAGUAAUUUUCAUGUAGACAAGUAUUCUCUAACAAUUAGCGUCCCAAGUUUAACUUAUACUUUUUAAUUUUCAAAUUCCCUUCCAAAACAUCUUGUGAUAUGAAUGCUUCGGCUAAUGAACAAAAUUUUCUUUUCCACCCCACAACAGGCUUUUCGACUUAGCGGUGUCUGUUUGAAUAGUGUGUUUUCUUGUAAUAUUUCCAAUUUAUGGAUUUGGUCGAUGUAGAAUGCAGCAUUUUUGUUUGUAUUUUCUUUUUUAUCAAUAAAAGUUUCGUGUCU